AUGGCCCCUUCUAUGUACAGCAAGGACGAGAAGGUCCUUUGCUUCCAUCACGAGAUCCUGUACGAUGCCAAGAUUUUGGACGUCCGCCACAAGGAUGCCAAUGACAAGAAGAGCCCCUUUGAGUACCAAGUACACUACAAGGGCUGGAAGAAUACCUGGGAUGACUGGGUCCUUGAGGACCGUCUUCGCAAGCACACUGAAGACAACCGCGAAUUGGCCAAUAACUUGCGCCGCGAAGCUGAGGCUUCCUUUCGCCUGAAGAACGCAAAGCCCACUGCAAAGAAGCGCGGUGGUUCCGACCGAGACUCUGUGCGAGACAGCGAAGAGCGCGGGGCCUCCGUGCCGGGCCGUGGUACAAAGCGAGCUCGUGACAAUGAUAUCGAAAAGGAAGAAAGCUUCAAUACCCGUCCCUCAGUCCGCAUCGUGAUGCCGGACAAUCUGAAGUCCCUGCUCGUCGACGACUGGGAGCAGGUAACCAAGAACCAAUGCGUGGUCUCAUUGCCAGCAAAGUAUCCUGUUCGGCAGAUCUUACAGGACUGGCACGACGAAGAAGAGCCCAAGCGCUCGGGCUCAUCGGCCGAUGAAGACGUUUUGGAAGAGGUGGUCGCCGGCCUCCAGGAGUAUUUCGACAAAUGCCUGGAUAAGAUCUUGCUGUACCGCCACGAGCGCCAGCAAUACCGCGGCCUGCGGAAGAAGUUCGAGGCCGCGACUGGGGACCUGGCCGAUAAGGGCCCCAUUGAUGUCUAUGGUGCGGAGCACCUGAUCCGGUUGUUCAGCACCAUGCCAGAGCUUAUUGCUCAGACGAAUAUGGAUAUGCAGGCCACCAACCGGCUGCGUGAGGAGAUUUCUAAACUGUCUAUGUGGUUGAGUAAGAAUUCGGAGAAGUACUUUGCUACCGCUUACAUACCGGCAGAGAGCACUCACUAG